CACGCACACGCAUGCAUCUGCAGCAGCCAGGUGAGAGGAGGAGCAGCCUCUGCAGAGAGAGACUGGUGGUGCACGAAUCUGACGUCUCAAAAUGUGUGUUUGAGUGCACGUGGGCGGCUCCACCGUGCGCGUGCAUGUGCAUGUGCAAGUGUAUGUGCAUGUGCAUGUGUGUGUGGCUCCCAGGCUCCGUGGGAAAGCUCCAGCAGAAGAGGAGGAGGAAGAGGAGGAGGAAGAGGAGGACACACACCGGUCACCAGUCCAGUCCUGCAGCCGACACACAGGCCACCUGACCCGGACUAUUUACUGGACACGCACCGCUGGAAUCAGAACUCCUGGAAGAUUUUACACUCUGAAAACUUUUUUUUUUUACAACUCGCUUUUGAGUUAUUUUUUGGGGAGGGAUUAUUCUGCAAGAGGAGAAACUUUUGUGGCUUUCAGUGUUUUUCUUUCCUGGAAGGAAAAUAUCCUGAAACUUCUUCAUCAACAUCUGGAUUAAAACCAUAUUCCUCUUUAUGGUAGUUUAUAAUACAUUGCAUUGACUAAUUCAUAGUGCUGUAGUGGCAUUGAGUCAUUCAUUUAUUCUCAAAGAAACUUUACUUUUAUAUAAACUUAAAUAAUAAAGCUCCAGGUCUCCUCCCGGUGGAGACAGACAGCCCUGCCCGCCCUCAGUGCACCAUGAAGCGGCCAUGUGAGGACAGCAGCUCCGCAGAGAGUGAUGUGGAGGAAACCAUCGAUGUGGGCAGUGAGAGCAUUUAUCCAGAGCACGGGAAGUCGUCCUUUAUCAGAUGCGGAUCGCCGACCACGACCACUCAAGUGAUGGCGAGGAAAAAGCGCAGAGGGAUUAUCGAGAAGCGACGCAGAGACAGAAUCAACAACAGUCUGUCGGAGUUGCGGAGGCUCGUCCCCACGGCCUUCGAGAAGCAGGGUUCAGCUAAACUGGAGAAGGCAGAGAUUCUGCAGAUGACCGUGGACCAUCUGAAGGUGCUGCAGGCCACCGGAGGGAAAGGUUAUUUUGACGCCCACGCUCUGGCCCUGGACUUCCUGUCUCUGGGUUUCAGGGAGUGCGUGACGGAGGUUUCCCGCUACCUGAGCGCCGUGGAGGGCCUGGACUCCGGCGACCCUCUGCGUUCCCGCAUCCUCUCCCACCUCUCCUCCUGCUCCUCUCAGCGCGACGCCGCCGCCCUCGCCGUGACCUCCCAUUCGCCACUUCACCUCCACCACCACCACCACCAGCACCAGCCUCACUCUUUGCCUCACCCCUUCCACCACCACCACUGGGCUGCUGCUGCGGCCGCUGCAGUCGCCACGGCAACGGCGGCGGCGGCGUUUCGACCUCCGUACGGACUGAGCGGUCUGUCCGUUCCUCCGGAUUCAGGAGAAGGUGGCGCCCCCCAGAGGCUGGCGGAGUUGUCACAGCGCAGCGUAGCCUCCUCCUUCUCCUCCCAUGCAGACUCCACCUCCUCUCCUUCCUCCUCAUCCUCCUCCUCCUCCUCUUCCUCGUCUCUCGUGCUCCCCUGCGCCCCCGCUCCUCUCUCCGCCUCCAUCCUCUCCCUCUCGGCGUCGUUCCCCAUCGCCCUCCACGGAGGAUUCCCCAUCCUCCCUCCCUCCUCCUUCACCUCCACCGCCGCCACCACCAGUCCUCCCAUCUCCUCCUCUUCCUCCUCCUCCUCCUCUUCCUCCCAGACUCCUCACAGCAGCAGCAGUAAACCCUACAGACCGUGGGGAACCGAGGUCGGAGCGUUCUGACUGAUUCACUGACUCAUGUUGCUGCUGACUAACUCCUGACUGACAGAUUUAACACUUUUAUCACCAGAGAACAAACUACUGAUAAACCGAGCUUCACCCAAACUACUACUUCUGUUAACCGUUUCCCACCUGCUGAUUUCACAAGUUGACUUUUUUUCUUUCUAUUCAGAUUUAUUGAACUGUUUUAACCAGUUUAACCGAGUUCAGCUGAUUUGUUCCUGAAUCAGAUUCACUUUAAAACAAAGUGACACUCAGUUAGUAAAAACCUGCACAAACUAUUUUUUAGGAAGUUGAUUCACCUUAGUUACAGACGUCUCUUUCCUACGACGGAGUAUUAGGGCCACAUCGAGGGAGAAAAAAAUCUGAGAUUACGAGAAAAAAAGUCAUAA